CUGUUCUCCAAGGUGCAGCACGGUGACGAUCUGUCCCUGUUUGAGGCUGGAGGCCGGCGGUCGCCUCAGAAACAGGAAACUCACUCUCUGGAGGCCGUGAAGCUGCUGGAGUUCAACCUGAAACACACUCUGACUCGACUCGUCACUCACCUGUUCGGAGAAGAUCUGGAGGUGCGGUGGGUCGACUGUUACUUCCCCUUCACUCACCCCUCCUUUGAGAUGGAGGUGCGUUUCCAGGGUGACUGGAUGGAGGUGCUGGGCUGUGGAGUGAUGGAGCAGGAGCUGCUGAACUCAGGUAGGAACACACACUCACUCACUCACUCUGUCGCUGCCUCGAGCCUGUGUGCAAGGCAGGGACGGAUGCAGCCCACCAACUGCUGUACCCUCAGGUGCAAUGCAUGCUGGGACUUAAAGGACCACAUGUAUGUGGGAGCGUUGUUGUCGUCUUCUGUUUCCGGACCUUUGAACCGCUUCACAUGGUCUUCAUCUGAGGACGGAGUUUGUUCAGUUGUCAUGGAGACGUUGACUUCAGCUCCACUUUGAAUGAUGCUCAUUUAGUCUCAGAUACAGAAUGUCUUCAUGUUCAGUCCAUGUCCCAACUGUCCCCUACUCCCAACUUUCCUCUUGUCCCAACUGUCCCCUACUCCCAACUUUCCUCUUGUCCCAACUGUCCCCCUGUCCCACCCUAGCUAAAAGAACCAGCUGAAACAGGCCAAAAUUAGGGGAACUUCCCUCAGCGCUUCCCUAAUCAAUUCCCUAACCCAAAUUUCACCCUGUCCCAACUGUCCCCUAGUCCCAACUGUCCUCCCGUCCCAACUAUCCCAACUGUCCGUCCUUCUGUCCCUCUUUCCCAAUUGUCCCAACUGUCCUCCUGUCCCAACUGUCCUAGCCCAAAUUUCACCAUGUCCCAACUGUCUUAACUGUAGCUGUCCUCCUGUCCCAAUUGUCCCAACUAUCCCUAUGUCCUUGUGACAGAC